AUGAUGCCCAGGCAAGGCUUUUUUAACAAAUCUGAACUAUCAUUUUUUUCUUUUGUUUUCUCCCUAUAUCAUUGUCUGCCCAAUCCCCAGAAUGCUGUAACCAUCGCUGUAUCCUCUCGCACCCUCUUCAACAUGAAGAAGGAGGGGGAGGUCUAUGAUAAAGGUCUGGAGGGCUACGUUAAAUUUCAGAUGGAACAUGAAAACGAGCCUUUGAAACCUGGACCUGCAUUUCCCUUUGUUAAGGCUCUCAUGAAUGUCAACAGUCGACUGAGGGAGCUUAACCCUGACAGCGAGGAGCUGUUUGACAUCAUAUUGAUGACUAGCAGCAAUGCUAAAGACGUUCGACGCUUUAGAAACAGCAUUAAUCACUACGGUUUGACCAUAGAGACAAUCUGUAUGACUGGAGGGGAAAGUCCUAUAGGUUACCUGCAGGCCUACAUGACAAACCUUUACCUUUCUACGAAUGAAAAGAAGGUCAUAGAUGCCAUAGAGGGAGGAAUUGCUGCAGGUACCCUGUUUAUGCCACAAAAGGAAAGCGAUCUGAGUGAGACUGAGCUAAGAGUGGCGUUUGAUGGUGACGCCGUCAUUUUCUCAGACGAGUCAGAAAAGAUCUAUAAGCAACAAGGCCUUGACGGUUUCAAUGAGCAUGAGAAAAACAACGAGGACACACCCUUGGCUCAGGGUCCAUUCAAGGAUUUCCUGGAGACACUUGGAAACCUCCAGAGAAAAUUUUAUGAGAAGGACAAACGUAUAAAUUGCCCGAUACGAACCUUCCUGGUCACUUCUCGCGGUGCAGCGAGCUCUGGGGCUCGAGUCUUGAAGACCCUCCGAAACUGGGGCCUGGAAAUUGAUGAGGCCCUCUUCCUUGCUGGGGCUCCAAAGGGGCCCCUGCUGCAGAAGAUCAGACCUCACAUCUUCUUUGAUGACCAGUUGGACCAUAUUGACCAGGCCAAAGAACUGGGAACCAUAUCUGCACAUGUCCCUUAUGGAAUAGCACAGAAGUACCACAAAGGGAAACUCAUUGAGCAGCCAGCAAAAAAUGAGUAACUUGAAGUGAAACACUAAAAUGUAUCUCCAUGGGAAGAGAUUGGCUCAAAAUUAGUAAUAUUUAUAUAUAAAACAUGCCCCUCUAAAGAAAAAGUUUGGAUGUAG